UAGAUUCUACUCAUUAACUAAAAAAAUAGUUAAUACAAUAAAUUAAUGUGAAUCGGUGAUAUUUAAGUUUCCAUAAAGAAUCACCUUAAUCCAGUUUUGAGUGUAGGUUGGUUGGCAUCAAGAAAUCAGAGGUGGUUGUGUUUAAUCCAUCCGCCGAGUCAACACUCACUACUUUGUGUCUUCAACACCAAGCAAACCAAAGGAACAAACCAUUCUCAUCAGUAAACAAAAACUUGGUGGAUUUCCAAUGGCUGCUGCAGCUUCAGGAUCAGUGGCGAGUGAUAUAUGGAAAUCCCAUUUGGCAAUGGCACUUGUGCAGUUAUUCAAUGGUGGCUACCAUGUAAUUACCAAAGUAGCCCUUAAUGUUGGGGUUAACCAAUUAGUUUUCUGUCUCUAUAGAGAUCUUCUUGCUCUUACUAUCCUCGCUCCCAUCGCUUAUAUUCGUGAAAAACGGACACGACCGAUCAUUACUAAGAACCUCCUGAUGUCAUUCUUCUUUCUUGGAUUAACUGGGAUAUUUGGCAACCAACUUCUUUUUCUUAUCGGUUUAAGCUAUACAAAUCCAACUUAUGCUGCUGCCAUACAACCAGCGAUUCCUGUCUUCACAUUUUUGUUUGCCGUAAUGAUGGGUACAGAAAGAGUGAACUUGCUCAGAUAUGAAGGUCUGGCCAAAGUUGUAGGAACUCUUAUCUGUGUUUCUGGUGCCAUAUUGAUGGUUUUGUAUCGCGGUCCAAUUGUGAUAGGAUAUACCGAAAUUGAUCAUGUAACACAAAAUGAAAUUAGUGCCAAAGGUCAGCCUGAGCCUGCUGGAUGGUUUGUCGGCGGUUUACAGGAUCUUGGGCUAGACCAUUUUCAUCUUGGGGUUCUGUGCUUGAUAGGGAACUGCAUGUGCAUGGCUGCUUUUCUAGCCAUUCAGGCACCGGUAUUAAAAAAAUAUCCGGCAAAUCUAUCUGUCACAGCAUAUUCAUACUUCUUCGGAGCUGCUAUGAUGGUGACAGUGUCAUUUUUAAUGACUAACGAGUCAACUGACUGGAGUUUGACAUCGUCAGAAAUACUUGCUGUUAUUUAUGCUGGAACUAUUGCAUCUGCCCUUAACUAUGGACUCAUUACAUGGUGCAACAAGAUAUUGGGGCCAGCUUUGGUUGCCCUAUACAAUCCACUUCAACCUGGCUUUUCUGCCCUACUGUCUCAGAUUUUCCUUGGAAGUCCAAUUUACUUGGGAAGCAUCAUAGGAGGGUCAUUUAUCAUAGCUGGUCUAUAUACAGUUACUUGGGGAUCAUAUAGAGAAAGACAGGCACCAGUUGGAGUUACUUCUCAUGGUCCUUGGGUAGCUGAACCACUUAUCCAUGAAAAAAAUGCAUACCAAAUAGGCCACUUAUUUUCAGGGUCCUCUAGUGUAUCCUCAAGUCCAAAGUUAUCAGAUACAUUUAUUCUACAAAACAUCAUCACACUGUGUGUGUUCUUUUCAACUUCAUUCAUCACACGAAAUGCAAAAACCCCAUCACUCAAUUUCAUUUGGGUUUUCUCUCUAUUACCAAAAGACAUGGUCUUUGCUAAAAUCGCUUCAUUAGUAUCAUUCAAUUUCACCACCCAAAAAUCCUCACUUUCUUCUUCUUUCUCUCUUCAAGAUCUCUCUUCAUACACCCAUUUGAAACAACCCCUUCAAACAGUUACAACACCAACCUCUUCUCGCAAGAAAUGCAUCAGAACAAUCAGGCUUGUACUUUUCCUCACAUUGUUUCUUUUUCUAACAUACUUUGUUUUUAUGUUUGUUUACUCUUUUUGGAAUAUUGGGUCUGGUAAAUACUAUGUUGUUCUUGAUUGUGGUAGUACUGGAACUCGUGUUUAUGUUUAUAAUGCUUACAUUCAAUAUAAGAGACAUAGUAGUCUUCCAAUAGCUAUUAAGUCUUUGAGAGAUGGAUUGCAUAGGAAGAAACCUAUUGGUAGAGCUUAUGAUCGAAUGGAAACCGAACCUGGGAUUGAUAAGUUGGUUUAUAAUGUUUCUGGUUUGAGGGGUGCAUUGAAACCAUUAGUUAGGUGGGCAAAGAAACAGAUACCUGUGCAUUCUCAUAAGAGUACUUCUUUGUUCCUUUAUGCUACUGCUGGCGUUAGGAGACUUCCUAGGAAUGAGUCUAGGUGGUUGUUAGAUAAUGCUUGGUCUGUGAUUAAGGAUUCUCCUUUUAUGUGUAGGAAGGAUUGGGUUAAGAUUAUUUCUGGUACUGAGGAAGCUUAUUUUGGAUGGAUUUCGCUUAAUUAUCAUAGUAGAAUUUUGGGGGUUAGUCCUAGGAAGGCGACUUAUGGUGCACUUGAUUUGGGGGGAUCGUCAUUGCAGGUUACUUUUGAGAGUGAUCAACAAGUUAAUAGUGAGACUAGCUUGUAUGUUAGGAUUGGAUCGGUGAAUCAUCAUCUCACUGCAUAUUCUCUUGAGGGUUAUGGUUUGAAUGAGGCGUUUGGGAAGUCUGUGGUGCAUUUGUUUAAGAAAGAGUUUGGAUCGUUGGUUAAUGCAGAUAUGAAUGGUAAAAAUAUAGAACUCAAGCAUCCUUGCUUGCAAAGUGGAUACAAGGAACGGUACGUGUGCUCUCGUUGUAACAAGGGUGAGAGUCUUGGUGUUGGUGAGAAACAAUUGAGUAAGCGAGGAGGUUCAGGAACUCCAGUAGUGCUUGUUGGUGCUCCUAAUUGGAAACAAUGUAGUGCACUUGCAAAAGUUGUCGUGAAUUUGUCUGAAUGGUCAAAUCUCAGUGCAGGACUUGAUUGUGGAGUGCAGCCUUGUGCUCUGCGAGAAAAUCUCCCUCGCCCGUAUGGCCACUUUUAUGUGAUUUCUGGAUUUUAUGUGGUGUUUCGGUUUUUCAACUUGACUUCUGAAGCCACGCUGGAUGAUGUGUUGAGAAAGGGUGAGGAUUUCUGUGAAAAGAGAUGGGAUGUUGCCAAGAGAAGUGUCGUGCCUCAGCCAUUUAUUGAGCAGUAUUGCUUUAGGGCACCAUACAUUGCCUCACUGCUAAGAGAGGGUUUGCACAUUAAUGAUAAUCAAAUAUCUGUUGGCUCUGGCAGCAUCACUUGGACACUUGGGGUUGCCUUGUUAGAAGCUGGAAAGGCAUAUUCCAAUGGAUUUGGGCUUCGUAACUUUGAAUUGCUCCAGAUGAAAAUAAGUCCUCUUUUUCUUAUGGCCAUUGUGUUGUUUUCUUUUAUUGUCCUUCUUUGUGCUUUGCCAUGUGUUGGCAAUUCGAUGCCGAGGUUUUUCCGGAGACAAUAUCUUCCCAUUUUCAGGCAUAACAGUGUUUCCAAUGCUUCUGUUCUUAAUAUUCCAUCUCCUUUUCGGUUUCAGCGAUGGAGUUCAAUGAGCUCCGGGGAUGGAAAAAUAAAGAUGCCACUCAGCCCAACAAUUGCAGGUUCACACAGAAGCCCGUUUGGCCUGAGGCAUGGUUUUGGUGAUAACAGUGGUGGCAUCCAGCUUGUCGAGUCUUCCCCGUACCUGUUAGCUAGUAGCGUCUCACAUAGUUCUUCCUCAAAUAGCUUAGGACAGAUGCAAUUUGACAGCAGUAAUAUAGGGGGUACCUUCUGGUCCCCCCAUCGAAGUCAGAUGCGUCUGCAGAGUAGGCGAUCACAGUCUCGAGAAGACCUCAAUUCCUCAGUGGCUGAAGCACACCUGGUGAAGGUUUAAAGGCACCAUUUUCUGGAAAUAUUGGUAUGAUUAAAUCAA